UAUGAGUAAUCAAAUCUCUAUGUAUUAACUGUCAAACAACAAAAUUAUAGGUGUGGUGCAAAAAAUUAAUUUUAGAUAAAAUGUCCGCGACAUUAAAACCUUAUUUAACUGCUGUGCGGCACACUCUUACAGCCGCUAUGUGUUUAGAACAUUUUUCAUCGCAAGUAGUGGAAAAAUAUACCAAGCCGGAGGUGGAGGUUAGAACCAGCAAAGAGCUCCUACUAAACCCAGUGGUGAUAUCGCGGAAUGCCAAUGAGAAAGUGUUGAUCGAAUCGUCAGUAAACUCGAUCAGAGUGAGUAUCAUGAUCAAGCAGGCCGACGAGAUAGAAAAAAUCCUGUGUAAAAAGUUCAUGAGAUUCAUGAUGAUGAGAGCGGAAAACUUUAUCGUGUUGAGGCGGAAACCAGUGGACGGAUACCAUAUCAGUUUCCUUAUCACGAAUUUCCACACCGAACAGAUGUAUAAACACAAACUGGUCGAUUUCGUUAUAUAUUUCAUGGAGGAGAUUGAUAAGGAAAUAAGUGAAAUGAAGUUAGCGGUGAACGCGCGCGCUAGAAUUUGUUCCGAGGAAUUUUUGAAGAGAUUUUAACAGCGCACACUAUGUGACUUAAGUAUUGUAAAUUAAAAUAAUUGAAGACUAGCACUACUCAAUGCAUUCUGUUCAGUAUCUUAUUGCAUUUUAAACCUAGCGCACUACAGUAUAAAGGUGCUGAUAGUUUGAAGAGAUUGAGGCUCUCCCGAGUGUGGCAUGUGUAUCUAGGCUUAGGAACUUUCCAUUGUUUUAAUGACUGAUGUUUGAUUAUUAAUUAUUGUUAGGUAGGUAUGCAUACAUGUAGACUACACCAACAACUCUGUAAAAUGCAACUUACAAGAAAACAAUAGGAUAUAUUCUAUUGACUCAAAUAAAAACCAAUGGCAAUACAAUUUUUUCUAUGUGUAAUUUAUGGAUAACAUUCAACAAUAAAUUUUUACUAUAACUUUUUAAUAGAAAGGAUGAAAUAACAGCAAAAAGGAAUUUCCCUUCUGUGUUUAUAUUAUAGAAAAUGAUGAGAAAAUAACAUGAUUAAUCUUAGUUGGCAAUAUCACAUUUUGGUCUACAAUUAUGUAUUGUCUAAAGGAAUGACUAGGUCAUUUAUUUCUUGCGACAGAAGAGUUUUAUUAAAUUAAUUAUAUUGUUUAUAUCUGCUUAUAAGUGAACAAAAUAUUGUCAUAGCUACCCAACUUAUAUAAAAUGUUUUUAAUGUAAGCAACAUUUUUGAUUUAUUAGAUUAUUAUACAAUUAGAUAAUUCAUUUUUAGGAUUAAUUUCAUCAUGUGUCAGAAUUUGUUUCUCUUGACAUGCAAGCAGUGUAUUCAAUUAUUAUCCAUUAAAUAUAUUUUUUGUAAAUAUAA